ACCCCCACGCAAGUAUUGUCAUUUUUUUUUAAAUUAUACCGCCGAACAAUGAGUACGUCCAACGAAAUUGGAAAAGAAGGAUUCCCGUGUGAGGAAGGAAAAGGAAGUUCCCCCCUUUUUACCAACAACCAGGGAAUGGACAAAGGUUGUGCUGAUGAAGCUGUUUUGGUUGGGGGGGCUCCACACGAUUUGACUGAAGAACGUGGCCAGGACCACGCUUUGAGGGAAACUGGGUCGCAAGCGGAACCUGCAGCGGUGGAACGUCCAAAGGAAGAGGAAGCAGCGGAAAACAAAGCAAAGGAGGAGGAGAAGAAAGAGGAGAAGGAACACCGAGUAGACGAUGCCGCCAAGAGAAAGCACCUCGAGGCGGGCACAGCCGGAAUGAGCCAAGCCGUUUCGACGCCGGAAGAACGGGACGCACUGAACGAAGCAACGAGAUCACCAAAUGCCGGCGAUGUAAGUCCUGAGAGUUCCAGUGGCAAACUAAAACUUGUGCAAAGUGCAACGAAAAAUGUCGCGGAAGAUGGUAGUCAAAUAUCCAUUGCAGCUGCUACCGUGGCGGACAACGCGGAAAAUGACUCCUCACGUGAUGCUUCGUGUACCCCCUCUCAAGAGCACUCUGCACAGAUAGUCAAAACUGCAACGGAGGAAAACGAAUUGGACGACGAUACCACGAACAGCAGUUCCAAGGAGAUUGACGAAGAUAGACACAGCAUCAUUCUGCAGAGGGAAGAAGAAAACUUCCUUGCCGAGAAAUGGAUGCACUCAGGAGGCUUCGAUCCAAGUGGUAAAAACGAAAUGGGCUUGCACGAAUUAAAUGAACAUGGCAACCAUAGUGAUGAUGCGAGUAAUAUAAACAAAGGCAAAAGCGAAAUUGACAGUAGAAUCAAGAGGAAAAUGCACUCUUUAAAGCAAAAUGAGGAGAAGAAGAAAAAAAAAACAGACACAGAUAAUGCUCCUUCCAUUGCUUCCGACUCGUCCGAUGAGGAAGACCUAGACUCAAAGGAAAAGUUCAGCGAUAACAGCACCACUGCGCUGUUUGACAAGAAGGGCAAAGAUGACGCAAAGGAGAAAAAGAAAAAUGGCUCCAAGGAGGACCACGCCAUUUUUGCAGAUGAGGCCCUAAAAGGAUACCCGCGCAUUUUCGUUACCAGACUUCCCUUCGAGGCUGGCAAAAAGGACCUAGAAAAGUAUUUCUCCAAAUAUGGCAAAAUAGUAGACAUUUAUGUUUCCAAAAAUUUGUCGAAUAACAAAAAUAAGGGCUUUGGAUUUGUGUCGUUUGAGAAGCAGAGCUCCAUGGACAAGGUCCUGAAGGACAAGCUGCACAUCAUCUGCGGCAAGGAAAUCGUCGUGGACGUCGCUUCCAUGAGGGACAACAAAACCAAGCACCUUUUCCACCUGCCGUCGGACCACUACCUGGCCAAGUACCCGAAGAACGACAAGAAGUCGCCCAGUAAGACGCACAACAAUCUGGUCAACUUCAACAAGUACCACCAUGUGUAUAAUAAAACGACGAACAUCAGGGACGUUUCUAAAAAUAUUGACAACAAUUUAGUGAUGCAAAAUUUUUAUAACCUCUGCCCAACGUACAACAUACUAGGCAACCGCAUGAACAAUAAGCACAUUUACAAGAACAAUAUGGCCGUGUCCUUCUUCCCCCCCACGGGUUAUAAUAUGGACCCGGCCUAUUUCAACAACCAGCAAGUCCCCUACCAGAACUGUAUGGACUACAUGGGCAGCAGUGACUACUACUGGAAUAUGGCCAACUACUACAACUGGAACAACAUGAUGUUUCACAAUGACAAUAUGUACAACGCCAAGAAGAUGGAGUACCCCUACUACGUCUGCAACGGGCAGUACCUGAGUCAGAGCCCGCCCCCAAUCGCCAAGGGCAAAGCGCAACGAAAGAGCAGCGCCAUCGAGGAGAGCAAGCUGAAGUACCCCCCCAACGUCGCCCCAAGCGGGAGCUACCGCCCCCCCGGCCAGCCAUUUGUGCGAAAGUUACCCGGCGGAGACGAGUGGAACAAACGAGGAUACAAGCUGUUCGUCACGAAGUUGAAUAGCGUAACCACAAUCGAAACGCUCAGGAAUUACUUCGAAGCCUUCGGCGAGAUCAUCGACAUUUACAUGCCCAACGACGUGUGCACAAACAGGCCCCGCGGCAUCGCCUUCGUCACCUUCCUGGACAACGACUGCGUGAAGAAAAUUCUCUCGAACAAGAACUCGAAGCAUAUAAUUGACGGAAAGGAGGUUGUCGUUGACCUUGCGGACCCAGAAACCAAAACGAAGAAGAAUUUGUGUUACCCCUGA